AGCCCGCGCAGUGUGCAGCAGCCGUCGCUGCAGCGGAGGCUCAGCGAUCACUGGGGCUUCAUCAGGAGCGCUGCACGAAACGAGCGGCGGUCCGCUGAGUGUCCGCUUAGCCGCGCCAGGGAGGUACCGUCCGUUUGCCAUCAUGAUCAAGGGCUGUCAGAAUGAGUGCACAGCUGGAGGAUGUUUGGGGGAAACAGGAAAGGAAAUGGCUGACUCUUUCAAGGCUUCAGACUUGGUUAUCACCCCAGCUACGACUUUGAAGGAAAAACCAGACCCCAAUGGUUUGGUGUUUGGAACCGUGUUCACUGAUAAUAUGCUGAUAAUUGAAUGGUCCUUGGCUUCAGGAUGGGAGAAACCUUAUAUUAAGCCACUUGAGAACCUUUCAUUGCAUCCAGCUUCCUCAUCUCUGCAUUAUGCUGUAGAACCAAGAGGACAGACAGAGGAGAAUCUGGUGCCAAUGCUGUGGCUCAAUGAAUACACAUUGUUUGAAGGAAUGAAAGCUUACCGAGGAGUGGAUGGCAAAAUCCGCCUGUUCCGGCCAACCCUCAACAUGGAGAGGAUGGCACGAUCAGCAAGACGAGCAACUCUGCCACAUUUUGACCAGAAUGAGCUUCUAGAGUGCAUCCGGAAGCUUGUGGAAGUGGAAAAGGAGUGGGUCCCAUACUCAACCACUGCCAGCCUUUACAUCCGUCCUACCUUAAUUGGAACUGAGCCUUCCCUUGGAGUGAAGAAGCCAACUAAAGCCCUACUGUAUGUCAUACUGAGCCCUGUGGGCCCUUACUUUGCAAGUGGAAGCUUUAAUCCCAUAUCCUUAUGGGCAGAUCCAAAGUAUGUAAGAGCCUGGAAAGGAGGAACUGGGGACUGCAAACUAGGAGCGAAUUACGGUUCUUCUAUUUAUGCCCAGCAAGAAGCCCUGGAAUUUGGCUGCCAGCAGGUUUUGUGGCUCUAUGGAGAAGAUCAUCAAAUAACUGAAGUUGGAACAAUGAAUCUGUUUCUCUACUGGAUAAAUGAAGAUGGAGAAAAUGAACUGGCAACCCCACCUUUAGAUGGCAUCAUCCUUCCAGGAGUGACAAGACAAAGUAUUUUGGAUCUGGCACACAAUUGGGGAGAAUUCAAAGUGUCUGAACGAUACAUCACUAUGAGUGACUUGACAGCUGCCUUGGAAGAGGACAGAGUAAAGGAGAUGUUUGGUGCUGGAACAGCCUGUAUUGUAUGUCCUAUCUCUAAAAUUUUAUAUAAAGGCAAGCACUUGCACAUUCCAACUAUGGAGAACGGACCUCAGUUAACAACCCGUUUCCUGAAUAAGCUGAGUGAUAUCCAGUAUGGAAGAGAAGACAGCGACUGGGCAGUGUUGGUGUCAUGAAGGUGGAAGAGUUCAGACCCUCCAGACAGAGCAGACAUGAAUAAUGAUAACUUCUGUAGCUGUCUGUGCAUAGCAUAGUUCCUGUAUCAGUUUGCUCCCAGGAGGAUUGUUUCCACAAUCCAGCGAAUGUGAACGCAAUCAUUUUGAUUUCUACUGUAAUCCUGUUGGUAAACACCUGUCUUGGUAGAGGUGCUAAAUGUUAGCAAUAGAACUUUCCUAAUGUUUUUCUUAGAGCCUCCUUGUGUCUUAUAUACAGUCUGAAAACUUGUAAAAUGCUCUUCAACUGCUCUUCAGUUUGGUUUGUUUUGAUUGCCAUCAUCAGCAGAGCACCUUGCCAUAUAACACAAAGAUGCCUGUUAGCUGGGCACUGACAUUAUUCUGCCUUUUGCUCUGUAUUUGGGAAAUAAGUUUAGCCAUAUGUUCUUUCCUUUUGUACUCUACUUGUGUGGAGUUCAUGAGUUCACAUAGACCUCUUGAUCCCUUCAUGCAUACUUUGUCAAAUGACAGCUCUGUCCUCCAGGCCCAAAUUCUCUGAGUUGAUCAUGCUUGCAAUAUGCUCCCUGUUGACCUACUGCCUUUCCCUCCAUGGGGAUAUGCAGUGGCUGCUUGGGCAGUGCGUACCUCUUCAGUGGUUGAAUACAUCCUUCUUUGAAUGGCUGGGUCAGGCCCUGCAGAGACAAGAGUGACUAUGUCUGGCCUAGCACAGAGCUGGGCACCACAGACACUCCAAAUGAGUGUCUAGAAAAUAAGAUUAGAGAAGUGUGGCUGUGAAAGUCGAAGAACUCCUUCACAGCAACCAAACCUUUGGCUUGAGGAAUUUCUUUCAUCAUCCAGUUACGUAAUUUAGAUCAGCAAAAUGUUUUUCUUGUCCCCUUUACCAAUCACUGUGAAAUGCAUCUAGCUUCCAUUGACACAGGUGUACUUUAAUAGAGCCUUCCUAUUAAGGAGCAAGCUAUGUUAUCAACAGAAAAUAUUUAGCAUAAGAAGGAAAAAGAUUUUAUUUAAACCCUGGUUUCAUUCUGAUGAAGUAUAUACUACUUCAUGUAGCACUACUUUCUCACAUACAGUCUUGAUACUAUUUGGAAGCAAUAUCGAGCAUGUAGCUGGGGAAAUUACUUCUGCAAAUAUUCACUAACAGUCAUACCGUAAUAUUUAUUAGUUUUCUCUUUUUGCACACAGCUUUGUUGAACAGCUUUAAGAUAUCUCUUGCCAAAAAGAAUCACCAUGUUCUGUAUCAAUGUUCCAAAGUGCUACUUCAGUGUAAAACUGGUGGAACUUUAUUGACACUAAUGGUAAGAGGUAAAAGUGAAACAUUUAUUGCCCUAGUUUGCAGUAGAGAUGCACCUGGAUUAAGGGAAAUAUCUAGCACUUUAUUUUUUUUAAGACCCAACAGUAUCUCUCUCAUGCUUUAUAAGUCCUCUGCAGUUACUGACAUUUAUUAACACAGUUUAAAAAGACAUACUAUUAUUUCUAAUAGACCAUCCAUGCCUUACACAACUGCUAAAAUGUAGCCUUAUGGCUUUUCUGUUCAUUUUUGGUCAGAUUUUAAAAACAAGUCCUACUUAGCCAUGACUUUCUUUUGCUCCCUCAAAUCAUGCCUUUUACUACCUUUCACUGCAGUUCAAUCUAAUAUUUUAAUGAAGAACAGUUGAAGGUUCUCUCUGACAAUGUAACCAUUGUUAAAACUUGUAUAGUUUUCUCUUUAGGAUACAACUGCAAGCACAAAAUAUUAUUUCACUUAUAGUAGCAAUAGUAUUGUGUGUUGGCUUUUCUGACCAUUUGAAACUGUAUUGUGUGCUGGUCUUUGUUCAGUACCUUACUAUCUGUUAUAAACUGCUGGUAUCUUUAAUUAAAUGGGUGGAAAAAUUAACAUGGGGAAUAUGUCAAGAUGCAGUGUGAGGUAGAGAGUUUUAUCCAAUGAGAGACAAGUCAUAACUAAAGAGUGCCUUUAACUAGAGUGUGGCAUGAAGCUCUCUAAAGAUUAUAGAAUGAGCAACCCCAGGUGGCUUGCUUUUACUGAACUAUAUAAUACAUCCCCUUGUGUUCCUCUUAGAUUUAGCAGCAAAUGAGAAGUGGAAAUAUCUAACUUAAGAUGUAUGGCAAAGUAGUUGUAUCAUACCUUAACAGUUCAGGAUGUUGAUAGAGUUGGUAGGUAACAUAUCAAAAAUCUCCUUGAAGGCAUUGAUAUACUAGCAGUAAUCUGUUUACCAAUCAGAAUGAAUAAGGACCAGAAUUAUUUUACUGUGGUGUAAACCUAAACAUCAUGUAAAACUCUUCAUAAAUUGGAUUCAAGUAAUUUUAUGUAAGGAGA